CUCAUUUCCACUAAAAAUGUUUAGGGAUAAAGUUGGGAAUCAAUCCGUUUGUUCGUGACCCGACUUAAAUAUCUUUUUGGGAGUGACGUGUUCAUGGCGCAAUGCUGCCAUAUCCUCCAAGAGUGAGCCAUGACGAUCCAUUCUCUGUUUUUGCCUUCACGAUCAUUGCAUUGCCAUCAUUCUCACUCACAUCCUUACUGUACAGGUGCAUCCUUCUUCUCUUCCAUAUCCCAACGUAAAAACAAACUAGCAAUUAUCCAAACCAUCAAGCCAUGUCCUCCACAACCACUUUGGCCCGGACCGCCCUUCAGCGAGUCACUCGGCAUCAGACUAAUGCAGUGCGUACAUUUGCUGCCUCGUCGGAAAACUUGGUCAAGACGGCGUUGAAUGAUUUGCACAAGGAAUUGGGAGGAGACAUGGUCCCCUUUGCCGGAUACGAAUUGCCCGUUCUGUACAAGGGAGAAAAUGGUGGAGUCAUGAAGGAACACUUGUGGUGUCGGGAACAAGGCAAGGCAGCCCUCUUUGAUGUUUCCCACAUGGGUCAGAUCCGCUGGCACGGUGCUGACCGCGUGAAAUUCUUGGAAUCCGUGGUGGUGGGUGAUAUUGCCGGAUUGGCUCCGGGUCAAGGAUGUCUGUCGUUGGUGACGAAUGAAAAAGGUGGUAUUAUCGAUGAUACCGUCAUUACCAAUGCCGGUGAUUUCGUCUACAUGGUCGUCAAUGGCGCCACCAAAUUCGGUGACAUGGAACAUUUUCAACAACAAAUGACUGCCUUUGGUGGAGAUGUCACCAUGGAAUAUCUAGAAGAUUCCAAACAACUGCUUGCUGUGCAGGGACCCGGUGCCGCGGCCGCCGUGGCCAAACUCUUGCCGUCCGAUUUUAACCUUGAAAAAAUGGCAUUCAUGACGGGCACCGCCACCACGUUGGACGGCAUUGAGGAAUGUCGCAUUACCCGUUGUGGUUACACUGGCGAAGAUGGAUUUGAAAUUGCCAUGCCCGCCGAAUCGGCCGUCUCGAUUGCCUCCAAACUGCUCGAGGAUCCCACUGUGAAUCCCACUGGAUUGGGCGCACGAGAUUCCUUGCGUUUGGAAGCGGGAUUGUGUCUGUACGGCAACGAUUUGGAUGCAACUACAAAUCCCGUCGAAGGCAACUUGACAUGGACCAUGGGAGGCAAGGACGGUCGUCGUCGCAAAGAACAAGGAUUCGUAGGUGCCGAGCAUAUCUUGACACCGGAAGGCAAACUGAGAAAGGUCUCACGAAAACGAGUGGGAAUCAUGGGCAUGAAGGCACCAGCCCGAGGUCACGCGGAACUCUACGACGAAACGGGUGAGACCCAGAUUGGUGAAAUCACGUCGGGGACAUUUUCACCGUGUCUCAAAAAGCCCAUUGCCAUGGGUUAUGUCGAUGCGGCCUACCAAAAGGCCGGUACCAACGUGCAAGUCAAGAUCCGAAACAAACUGCAACCUGCGGCUGUCACCAAAAUGCCCUUUGUCGAAGCACGAUACUACCGUGUUCCAGAAUAAAACAAGCGUGCUAGCUGUUGACGAGAGCGGAUCGGCAUCCAUGGCUCUUAGGAUUUUGCACCGCCCCAGACAAGAUAUUACAUAGCAUUAUUUUUUAAAAAAAAGGAACAUGCCAUUGCCCAAGAUAUCGUUGGAGCACCCAUGUGGUCUCCCAUUCCAAUUUGGAUCGGUUUCAGCCCAUCCAGGUUACUGCUUGCAUCCUCGUUGUAGGCAACACUGCUUGCCUACGUCUUGUCUACUCAGCGUCAUAGCCAAGCUGGCUAUUCAGCAGCCUCGCAAUCCGAUGAGCACUUGCGAUUCUGUCUUGCUCCGAGUCGGAAUCUCCUGCCACUAGACUUUGUCAAGCAACAGCAUCCAUGUCAUCCGUCGGCCCUCCGUACCCCGAAGCAGCUGCCUGAUGGUUUGCUUGGAUGCCAGAUAUACUGCCGCAGGGUGACCGACAGAGGCUCUGUCGCCCUCCCCGUCCUCGCGUCUUUUGUCUGUGAACGCACAUUCUCUAGUACG